AUGUUUGGCAAGGGCUUUCCCUUCUUGAAUCCUUCCGGAGGCUUCUAUCCUCGGGAAGCUCUAGACGCAUCACGAAGACCCGGCGCAUACGUCAGCAAAGUUCGAGUCCGAGACCGGUAUCAUAUCGUGGGAUUCAUCAGCAGCGGAACCUAUGGACGGGUAUACAAGGCGAUUGGCAAAAAUGGCCACAAGGGAGAAUUUGCCAUUAAAAAAUUCAAACCCGACAAGGAAGGCGAAACGAUCCAAUACACAGGCCUCUCACAGUCUGCCAUUCGAGAAAUGUCACUAUGCACCGAACUGUCACACGCAAACGUCGUUCAAUUGGAAGAAAUCAUCUUAGAGGAUAAAUGCAUUUUCAUGGUCUUCGAAUACACAGAACACGACCUACUCCAAAUAAUCCACCACCACACCCAACCACAACGCCACGCCAUCUCAGCCCCCAUGGUCCGAUCCAUCCUCUUCCAACUACUAAACGGACUCCUAUACCUCCACACAAACUGGGUCCUCCACCGCGACCUCAAACCAGCAAACAUCCUAGUCACAUCCAGCGGCGCAAUCCGAAUCGGCGAUCUAGGUCUCGCCCGCCUAUUCUACAAACCCCUCAACUCCCUCUUCUCAGGCGACAAAGUCGUCGUCACAAUAUGGUACCGAGCACCAGAACUCCUCCUCGGAAGCAGACACUACACACCAGCCGUCGACAUGUGGGCAGUAGGAUGUAUAUUUGCAGAACUCCUCUCUCUCCGCCCAAUAUUCAAAGGCGAAGAAGCCAAAAUGGACAGCAAGAAAACCGUCCCCUUCCAACGAAACCAGAUGAUGAAAAUUAUCGAAAUCCUCGGUCUUCCCCGGAAAGAAACCUGGCCUGGUCUCGCCUCCAUGCCUGAAUAUCCUCAGCUCCAGUCUUUAGUGCUACAUCGGCAACCGGCACAUUUCCAUCGUGGUCCUAAUCUUGAGGGGUGGUAUCAAAGCUGCUUGAAGAAUGGUGCGUACUCUGCUUCGUCGAGUGUGGGUACACCCGGUGCAGAUGGGUUUGAUUUACUCUCGCGUAUGCUGGAGUAUGAUCCUAUCAAGCGAAUUACGGCUGAACAAGCGUUGGAACAUCCCUAUUUCGCUAAUGGCGGGCCUAUUAGCGGAAAUUGUUUUGAAGGGAUUGAGAGUAAAUAUCCACAUCGUCGUGUUACUCAGGAUGAUAACGAUAUCAGGACUGGAAGUCUUCCUGGUACUAAGCGGAGUGGGUUACCAGAUGAUUCAAUGAUGAGGGCUUCAAAGCGUCUCAAGGAAUGA